ACGGACGAGAUAUUUACUAUUACUUAGAGUUCCCAGAAAACGCAAAAAAGGAAGAAAAAGAAGUCUUUGAAAAUUUCGUUUUACAAUAUUUAGAGUUUUUGCUUCUUUGUAAAAAAAAAUACGAUUCAUGGCUAGAUUUAGACAACAAAAAAACGCUAACUUGUGAGGAAUUAGAAAAACUUGACGAAUUGUCUAAAAAAAGAGAAGAGUAUCAAAAACUCAACUCCGAUUAUGAGAGGAUGCAAAAUAAAUUUGAGGAGAAAGGAUUUUUUCACUUUUCACUAAAAGAGGUUAGCAAAGAAAAUCAAACAGAAGCCGACGAGGAGAACAAAAGCCAGAAAAGCCAACAGUUAAUCAAACAAAACGAACAUUUGGAACUUUCGCUAAAUAGCCUGUGGGGGCAUUUAGACAAGUUUCCAAAACUGGAAGGCUUGCAAACUCUCAAAAGCGGAGAGGAAAGAAUUGAGGAAAUAGCCAAAAAACACCAAGCAUUAGCCCAAUCAUUUAAGGAGAAAAAGAAAAACAACAAAUACCGAGAAAUAACCCCAGAGGAACAAGCAUUAGCCCCUUGA